AUGAAAAUCAUAAGUUGGAACUACAAGGGGUUGGGGGUCCCCGUGCAGUUCGAGCCUUUGAAGCUCAUUCGUUUGGAAAACCCUGAUUUGGUAUUCUUGAUGGAGACUCGCCUAAGGUUGGAGGAAGGCAUGCUGAUCAAAGUUAGGUCUGGUUUUGAUUGUUGUCAGGUUGUGGAUUGUGUAGGUGAUGGAAGAAGAAGAGCGGAGGCUUAUGUUAUUAUGGAGGGAGGCUGUGAAACUUAA